AUGGAUCAUUUGGCAAAUGAAGCGGUGACACAAGAUUUAAGACCUGGGCGUAUUGUAAUUCUUCCAUCAAGUUUUCAAGGAAGCCCAAGAGCAAUGCAACAAAACUACCAAGAUGCAAUGGCAAUUGUUCGAAAAUACGGAAAGUCCGACUUAUUCAUCACAUUUACCUGUAAUCCAACAUGGAGAGAAAUCCACGAGCAACUUCUUCCCGGCCAAAUGCCUGCUGAUAGACCUGAUCUAAUCACCAGAGUGUUUAAGCUAAAACUUAAUCAAAUUAUUGAUGAUAUCUUUAAAAGACAUAUAUUAGGACGAACAAUAGCCAAUGUCUUCGUAAUCGAAUUUCAAAAACGUGGCUUACCGCACUGUCACAUGCUUAUUAUUUUGGCUAACGAAGAUAAACCAAAGGAUGAAGAUCACAUGGAUCAUAUCGUCUGUAGUGAAAUACCAAACCCUGUUCAAUUUCCAGAAUUAUAUGAAUGUGUAAAAAGGCAUAUGAUUCACGGACCAUGCGGCAUAGUGAACCCACAUUCUUCUUGCAUGGAGGAUGGUAAAUGCUCAAAGGAAUUUCCAAAAGAUUUUCAAAAUCGUACUUUAGCAAAUAAGGAUGGAUAUCCACGGUAUCGUAGAAGAAAUAAUGGAUAUACUAUGACUAUUGGCAAAUAUGAAGUUGAUAACAGAUGGAUAGUACCAUACAAUCCACAUUUGCUAAUGAAAUACAACGCUCACAUUAAUGUCGAAGUUUGUGCAACUGUCAAAAGUAUUAAAUAUUUAUUCAAGUACAUUUACAAGGGCCACGAUUGUGCUAAUAUUAAAUUACAACGACCGGUUCAAGAAGAUGCAAGCGUCUCUGCUGAAGUAACUUUGGAAUGGGAUGAAAUUAAAACACAUCUUAAUGCAAGAUAUGUAAGUGCACCUGAAGCAGCAUGGAGACUUUUUGAAUUUCCAUUGCAUGACAAGUCUCAUGCUAUUAUUCGAUUAGCUGUGCAUCUUCCAAACCAACAACCAGUUUACUUUGCUGAGGGAAACGAACAACGAGCAUUAGAAAUAGCUACUACAAAAGACACAACACUUACCGCAUGGUUUAAACUAAAUUCGAAAAAUCAAGAUGCUCGACAAUACCUUUACCAUGAUAUUCCACAGUAUUUUGUUUUUGAACGUAAUGGAAUGUGGAAGCGUCGAUUACAAGGUGACAACAUUAUCGGUAGGAUGUAUUCUGUUAGUCCCAGUGAUAUCGAGCGUUAUCAUCUUCGGUUAGUACUGUUGAAUACUCCGGGUGCCUCAAGUUUUGAUGAUUUGAAAUCAAUAGAUGGCCAAGUUUGUGAAAUAUUCAUGCAAGCAGCAAAACUACGAGGUCUACUAUGUGAUGACACUGAAUAUGAGAGGUGCAUGUCGGAAGCCGUUAUCUUUCAGAUGCCACAACAACUAAGAAUACUUUUUUGUGUGAUACUUUUAUACUGUAAACCGACAAAACCUGUUGAUCUCUGGAAUUUGUUUAAAGCACAUAUGGCCGAGGACUUCAUGCAACAAGUGGAUGUCGAGACAGCAGAAGCAAUGGCAUUUUUCGCAAUCGAUGAGAAGCUGAAAGGACAAGGUCGAAGCUGCGGUGAUUUUGAUAUACUACCACCAACAUCUCGUAAUCAUGCAUUCAAAUCAAAAACCAUCAAUAAAGAAGAAGAACUUCGAAUAGGACAAGACAUGUACGCAAUGUUGAAUCAAGAUCAACGUUCAAUAGCAGAUACAAUCAUUGAAAGUAGUCAUAAGCAAACAAUCACUUCCGACGACUCAUGUUUCUUUAUCGAUGGUCCGGGAGGUACAGGAAAAACUUACGUAUACAACGCUCUUUGCCAUUUAUUCAUGGCAAAAGGUGUCCAUGUCAUGAGAGUUGCAUGGACAGGAAUUGCUGCAAGUUUGUUGUCUGAUGGGAGAACGGUACAUAGUCGUUUCAAACUUCCUGUACCUAUCUUAGAAACAUCCACAUCAAGUAUUAGACCAAACAGUAAGGAAGCUGACGAGAUAAAGAAAACUCAAGUUUUUAUCUGGGAUGAAGCACCAAUGGCUCCACGUUUCGCUCUCGACGCAGUUGAUAUUUUGCUGAGAGAUAUAAUGAACAUUGAUACGCCUUUUGCUGGGAAAAUUAUGAUACUCGGCGGAGAUUUCCGACAAGUUCUUCCCGUCAUUCGAUUUGCAAACAGAUCGGACUUAAUUGGAGCAAGUCUCAAAAGUUCUCAUCUUUGGUCUUUCUUCAAGAUCAUGCAUUUACACCAGAAUAUGAGAACAGGACCAGGUGAACAAGAGUUCUCAGAAUGGCUGAUUAAACUCGGCAACGGUGAAUUAAUAUCAAACGGCAACGAUGAAAUUGAAUUGCCCAGCUCCUGUAUACUAAAUGGUAAUUUGGUCGACGAGAUCUUUGGACGAGAGAUUUCUAUAGAAGAUAUUCCAACUCUAUGCAACAGGACGAUUCUCUGUCCGAAGAAUGAACAUUCUCUCUUGGUUAAUGAAGAAGUUCUUCAACGUUUAUCAGGAAUGGAAAAACUGUACACGAGUAUAGAUGAAGUAGGAUGCGAAGAUGGUGAGGAUGCCACCAACUAUCCUACGGAAUUUUUGAACAGUCUUACACCAUCAGGAAUGCCUCCUCAUAAACUUAAACUAAAGAUUGGUGCAAUUGUGAUGCUUCUUCGUAAUCUCGAUGUUUCUCAAGAUUUAUGCAAUGGAAUUCGACUCAUUGUACGACGCUUACAAAACUACACAAUUGAUUGUGAAGUAGUAACUGGGUCUAACAAAGGAAAUCGAGUUUUAAUACCACGAAUCACUUUAACGCCAUCUGAUGCAUUUUUACCUUUUAAAUUGCGUAGACAUCAAUUUCCUGUUCGGCUCUCAUUUGCUAUGACAAUAAACAAAUCACAAGGGCAAACUUUUGAUCGAUUAGGGCUCCUCCUACCACAGCCAGUUUUUAGUCAUGGGCAACUAUACGUUGCGUUUUCACGAGUUCGUUCGUUGAAGUCUGUCAAGUUCAUACCGCUGCUACCUUACACAACCUUUCGUAUUGAUGAACUCAUCGCUGAAGUUACAGCAACAACCAAAUUCACAAUAGUUGUUCAUGAUCUUUUAACAAAAAAUAGAUUGUCAAUUCAUACAGAAUUUGUACGAGACUUUCAAUCAUUCAUUCUUAUCGUAGAUAUCGCUCCACAAUGUGCGACAUUAUUUACUGAAAUCAAUCGAUUAUUGCGAGUUAUUUUUAAUUCAUAUAAAACUAUUCAAAUUUGGAAUGAUAUCACUGAAACUUUAUUACAUUACGUACAAUUGCAUUGUUUCUUCUGGUUUACACUUAAUAUUAUCUCCGGCAUCAAAUUAUAUUUUGAAUUGAUUUCUUCUGAUUUGAUCCAAUACAAGUCUCAACUUAUUCAACGAUAUAUAUCAAGAAUGAAUAAUAAUCAAGUACCAUUACAGCAACAACAACAACAACAACAGGCACCACCACAAUUACCUUUAGGUAGUGGGGGGGUUUAUGGGGGCAAUCAAUGUAGCGUUCAAAAUAACAGCAAUCAAUACGGUUAUCGAAAUAGAAGCAACCGACAUUUCUAUUCGAAUCAAAAUACAAAAUUAUAA